CGAGAAACCGGAAGACAACAGGUCAACAGCCACAAGCUGUGUGGAUUUAGGACCUUGGGGAAGCCAGAUGUUUCCAGGCCGCCUGCAGACUACAGUUGCGCUGACCUGCCGAUAGCAGCGCAAUAAAGCCGCAAAAGUUGAGCCCGUCGGAGCAGAUUGUGCGCCCUGACGCACCGGCGGAACAGCAGCGAUGGGAGCUUCGCAGACGCGCUCCGAGCACAAGUAUCAGGACCUGGCGGAUAAAACUGGAUUUUCACUGGAGCAGAUUACAAACCUUCACAAAAGAUUCCAGCAGCUGAGUGGAAAUGAAGAUACAUUAAGUAGACAAAACUUGGACAACAUACCUGCCCUUGCCAACAAUCCAAUCAGAAAUCAAAUCAUUGAGGCAUUCUUUGAUAAAAGAAACCAGCAUCAGGAUGAAGUGGGCUCCUUCAACGAGAUUGGCUUCGAGCAGUUCCUCAUGGUCAUGUCCCACUUCCGCCCUCCAACCUUAAAGACGACUGAAGAGGAAAAGGAAGCUUUGAGGAAAGAGAAGCUUCGCUUCCUGUUCAACAUGCAUGACACAGACAAUGAUGGCACCAUCACUCUGGUGGAGUACAGGAAGGUAGUAGAGGAGCUUCUGUCAAAAAGUGGAGCCAUUGAGCAAGAAACUGCCAAGGCGAUAGCAGAUGCUGCCAUGUUGGAAGUGGCGAGCACAAAUGUGCCUGACAUGGCCCCAGAUGAUUUCUAUGAAGGAAUUACGUUUGAGCAUUUUGAACAGAUUCUAAAAGGACUUGAAAUGGAGUCUAGGAUGCACAUUCGCUUUUUGGAUGUAGACACCACAACAAUGCGUUGUGGGAAAUCCACCUCUUGAAGGAGUUGUUCUUGUAAAGGAAUGUUUAUGUUGCUGCUGUUUUUAGCAGAACCUCCUUAGUCCUUGAAUGGAAUUAAGCUAAUUAACACUUUGAUAUGCACUAAUCUAUUUUUUUAAUGGAGGGAAAUAAUUAUAGACCUUAUACCAUACUGUACGUAUAUUUUUAUACAGCCCUUCUUCUACAGUUCACUUUUUAAGCCCAAAUAAUUAAGUUUCAGAAAGUUAAAAGCAUUGUAAUAGAUUUAGUAGAUUUAUUUCCCAGCUUUUGACAGACUACUAAUUUUUAUCAGGUUUCAAACUAACACUACUUCUUCUCCACUCUCCUGCUAUUCUACAAAUCUUUAUGUAAGCAGCAUGUAAUGUGAAGUAUCUUUGUACUUUUUGUCAAAAGGUUCACAAUUCAGAGGCAGUCAGUCAUGCUCAGUGGCCGCUCUGGCAUUCAUGGGUGAUCAGUUAUGGCUGACAUCCAAAGAGUGAGAGACUGCAAGCACAUACCAUUCCUCUGCAGCUCCAGAAUAGUUACAGGUCUAAUUUAUCCAUUCCUCUGAGACUCUGUGUAACCAACCACUGCUGUUCUACCAUGAAAAUCAGCUAUCAAAUAAAUGAAACACUUUGCCUAUGGUUAAUUAUUACAGACUUGUACAAAUUGUAUUAAUGAAUAAAAAAUUAAGACAUUAUGAUAAAA